ACGGUGUGCAGAGAUCAGUAUUCAGAACUAAGUGGGUGAGCGAAAAAAAAGUAAAAAUAAAUAAAAAGAGCUAAAAUAAGUGCCAUAGAAUUAUGAGAGAGAAUAAGAAUAGAGGGGUAAAAAGAAAAAUGAGAGAUGGAGGAGGAGAAUAAAGGAAGGAGAAAGGGAGGGAGAGUGCAGCUGCUGAGAUCCAAGCUGCAAGACCGCAGCCUGAUGUUAAAGACUGCUGCCUUCGCUGUGCUCCAAACCAGAUGCUUAGGAGCCAUAAACAGCCUCCAGACAAGGAAAAAAAACUCGCACACACACACACACACAUAUACUGAGCGACAGAAGACAUCGAUUAGAGCUCUGUUCAUUUCAAGGUUUAGUGCUGUGCUUAUUUCCAGUUUGGAAGCGGUUGAUGGUGCUACAUGUGAGAAGAAGCAGGCAGGAUCAUGGCCGUGAGUCAUGGAGUGUGACAUUGAGUUUUACAAACAUUUUACUUGGCUUAGAAAGGACAACCUGCGAUCGCUGGGCAACAACGAGAGUUAUCAGGAACGACUCUGCCGACUGGAGGGAGAUAAGGAAUCCCUCGUGUUACAGGUGAGUGUGUUGACAGACCAGGUAGCGGCUCAAGGAGAGAAGAUCAGAGACCUGGAGAAUUCCCUUGAAGAGCACCAACUCAAGCUGAACUCCACUGAAGAAAUGCUGCAGCAGGAGUUACUGAGCAGGACUGCGUUCGAGUCGCAGAAACUAAAUCUGAUGGAUGAGGUUUCCUCUCUGAACCUGAAGCUGGUGAACAUGGAGGAGAGACAGAGUCCCAGCACAGAGAGACAACACAAAGCUGAGAGCUUGCUCCAGGAACUGAGGUUGCUCAAAAAUAAAGUGGAGGAGCUCGAGGAUGAAAAGUCUCAGUAUGAGAGAAAACUCAAAGCCUCAAAGGCAGAAAUUUCCACCCUUCAGCAUCUCUUGCAGUGCAGGAAUGCGGAGAUCGAGAACCUUCAGGCCCGGCUCCUCUCCAGAUCUCCCAUAUCCGUUGACAAUCCAGAGAGAGAGGAGUUGUACAGGAGGAGGCUCAACACCAAACAUCAAGAGCUUCUAAAAUUAAAAGCCGGAAUGGAACUACUAAUCGCAGCCAACGAUGAGAAGGAUCGGCGUAUCGAGGAGCUUUCUCUUCUCCUGACCCACUGCAGACAGUUACGAGAUGGCAAGGCCUUGUUACAACAGACGUCAGCACCACAGUGCAGCAGUGAAGAAGAAGAGCAAAGCACAGCAAUGAAGUCAAAAGCUCUCACUCUCAAAGCUCACUCAGAGAUGAUGUCUGGUGCUUCCUCUCCACUUCUCCCAUCCAAAUCACCUGAUCAGAAGGAAACAGAAGUGAGGUCGCAGCCGAGAAAUACGUCCAGCAGCCAGGAAGAUCUGAAGAGUGAAGAACUAAAGCCUGUGAUGGGGUCUCCUGCAGAACCUGCUUCAUCAGAUGAGGGUUCCCAGCCGAAACCCGUAAACGGGAAGUGCGUCCUGAUAGAGGGGAAUAAAAGCGAUGGCUCCGAAUCGAGGUCUCAAGAAGGCAGUCAGGAUGGAGACAUGACCCAGGCAGGAAAGACAGAGAAACCGGAAGAGUCGAGCGCUUGCGAUGCUUCACCCUCGUCAUCUGGUGUGGAUUCAGGAGAACAUUCCCCCGUCUCGCAGGAAAACAUGAAGAACAACAAGAGCAUACGCAAACUUUGGGGAAAGAUCAGGAGGACGCAGUCGGGGGCUCUGGGGACGGGCGAUGAUCUGGAACCCACUGAGUUCAGGAGAGGAGGAUUUAGAGCCACAGCUGGACCACGGCUGGCUCGAACCCCUGACUCGGGCCGCUCGGUCCGAGACAUGACGGUUCCAUUCUCCAACUGGACCACGGAGCAGGUAUGCGGUUGGCUGGAGGACUUCGGACUCGGUCAGUACGUCAGCUUGGCGCGUCAGUGGGUGACGAGUGGGCAGACCCUCCUCUCCGCUACGCCACAGGAAUUUGAGAAGGAGAUGGCCAUCAAACAUCCGUUGCACAGAAAGAAACUGCAGCUGGCUCUCAGGUCGUUCAACAACAAGGCCAUGGAGAAAUCGUCAGAGCUCGAUCACAUCUGGGUCACACGUUGGCUGGAUGACAUCGGCUUACCUCAGUAUAAAGACCAGUUCCACGAGAGCCGAGUGGAUGGCAGGGUUCUCCAGUACCUCACCGUGAACGACCUUCUGUUCCUGAAGGUCACCAGUCAGCUCCAUCAUCUGAGCAUCAAGUGCGCCAUCCACGUCCUCCACGCUAACAAGUUCAACCCACACUGCCUGAGACGCAGACCAGGAGACGAGAAUAAAACUUCUCCAUCUGAGGUGGUGCAGUGGUCCAAUCACCGGGUGAUGGAGUGGCUGCGCUCGGUGGAUUUGGCUGAAUACGCUCCAAAUCUCAGAGGCAGCGGCGUACAUGGAGGCCUCAUAAUCCUGGAGCCUCGGUUUACUUCAGAGACGUUGGCCAUGUUACUGAACAUCCCUCCUCAGAAAACUCUGCUCAGGCGCCAUUUAACCACCAACUUCAGCAGUCUGGUGGGAGCCCAGGCUCAGCAGGAGAAACGAGAGUACUCCAACGCCAGCGGGCACACGCCACUCACCACCACCGCUAAAGUCCGGCCGAAGAAGCUCGGCUUCACAAACUUCAGCCACCUGAGGAAGAGGAGGCCCGACGAAUCCGCAGACUAUAUUUGUCCUGUAGAAAUGGGAAACUCGCCGAUUUUGAACGAUGGACGGACACCACGACUGGAACCUCACCAGGAACCUCACCAGGAACCUCACCAGAUUAAAGGAUCAUACAUCCAGACAUUUUUUGGUUUAAAGCCUUUUUUCUUUACUUUUUUUUUUUUUUGCUGGUGCAAUGAUUUAUUAUCACCUCUAAAAGUUAAAGGCUUUACAUAAUAAAUAAACCAGUCAAUUUAAUUCUC